AUGGCGCUGCAGUUUCUUAACCAGAGCCCCAGCGGGAUAGGCAGCUCUGACAGGCGCAUCAUCCGCUCCCACCGCCGAUCGACCAAGAAGCAGAAGACUGAGCUCAAACACCUCUUGUAUGCUUCAGGAUCUGGAUAUGUGAUGCCCCGACCGCUCGACUCCGAGUCCACGGUGCUCAUGCAUCGGUGGUUCUUCGACAUCAGUGAUGCGCUGUUUCCGCUACAGUUCUGUACCAAGUUCGACAUUAUAAAGUCGAUCUGUGUCAACUACAUUCUGGCAGAUGAAGCAUAUUUUCAUAGCACCUUGGCUAUAUCUUCCAAUAUCGUCUCCAAAACUCUUCACCACUUCUCGCAGGCGUAUGCUUUAGUCAACAUUAAACUGUCGGGUCCCUUUUCUGUUUCCGAUAGCGCCAUAGCUGCUGUGGUCAGCCUCGCCAUCUACCAGCAAGUACAUCACCAGCCUGCAACGGGACCGGUCCAUCUCCACGGGCUCUAUUGCAUGAUUCAGCUGCGGGGUGGAAUUGCCAGGCUGAUGCAAGAGAACCGUGCGCUGGCACUGAAGUCGUUGAGGCUCGAUGUUGAAUUAGCAAUGCAAAAUGGCACACAUACUCUGUUUCGCAGCGAUGAAGUACCCGUUCACAUGGUCCUAUGCGACCCCGACGUCUGCAGCGGGCAGUUUCCCAGAGCUGCUUCUUGGAUGCCGCCCAUCAUGCUCGAUUUACUGAAACUUGAUCCUCUAGACUAUACGGAGACACUUGUGUCGCUCCUUUAUCACCUCGUGGAUGUUUCGCCUCUAGGGUAUCCCUCUUCCGAGCCCGGUGGACGUUAUAUCGACAUGACAUACCUUGCGAUGCUGGCAUUUAUGACGACGUUGCUACCCGAGUAUAACCGUGACGGAUCUAGCUGCCCCCUUCUUUCUGAUCGUCUGGGAAGCGCUCUGCAAGACCUUUGCGUCACAGCAUCGGAGUCUUCGGACUUUGAUUCGCCAUUACUCUUAUGGAUUCUUUUUAUAAGUGGGAUAUCAGUGUUGGAUCUCAAAGACUAUCGGUGGCUGUCGCCAUUAAUUGCCGACACUUGUGAGAGGCUGGAGCUGGAUAACUGGGCUUUCAUUCAGUGA